AUGGCUCCCCACGCCCCCGUCUCAGCAGCCACUGGCUUCAGUUCCGAACAACAACAGCAGCAACAACAACAGCAACAACAACAAUCUUCCACAGGAAGACUUUGUGCUAUUCCCAGCGUCGCAGCCUUCACCCAGGGACUCGCUCAGGUUCCAUCUUCCAGAAUAGCGCCUUACGGUUCCGGGUAUCAUCUGUCUACUACGUCUCCUUGGUCUCAUCCUUACGCACGGAAGCCAAAUUUGCGCCAGUACGCCGCGCCAGCCGCUUCGCCCUCUACUGCCCAUUUCAAUCGUCCUCCAGUUCCUCUUUUCAACGACAACUCUACCACUCCAAAACUCCACGAUCAGAUCCUCAGAAAACAGCACCUACACUAUCUAAAGCGAUAUCAAAACUACCUCAAUAAACAGAAUCACCGCCGCAACAUGUCUACCUCCAACAUUCCUCAAGACCUCUCCGAACUCUUCGACUUCCAGCCCGGCUCCAUGGAGGCUACCAUGCUCUCUCCUCAGAUGAUCUCUGGCAACUUCUUCGGCCAGGGAGUGGAGGCUGCUCCUCCGGCCACUGUCUCGCCGCAGGACCUCUUCCUCGAUGCCUCGUCUCUCGCGCCUCCUCCUUCGGCCACUUUCACUGAUCUGAGCACUCCUCCUUUGGCUACGCCUGGCAGCUUCAGCCAGAACACUUCUCCUCUAUUCACGCCUGAGAUGGAGUUGAUGACUUCUGUCGAAGACUGGGAUGCUUUGUUCCCCAUUUCGCAGGAGGUGAACCGUCUCGAUCAACUUAUCGACCCUGUCGAGAUGAUUCCGGCUAUAGACUCGGGCGAGAUGAUUCCUCCCUUGCCGCCUACCAAGUCUAUGGGUCCCCCGCAUUCUCCCAUCAUCAGGGAAAGCGCCUCGCCCAUCAUCAGGCAGAGGAAGUCUCCGGCUCCAGGUUCAGGUGUCGCAGCUCGCUCUAUUUCGCCUCCCACUACCCGCGUCAAGCACUCCACCGUCGCUGGUGUCAACAAGCACUCUACUGUCACUGGUGUCAACGGUCGUCAGCGCAAGGAACUGGCACCCAUCAAGUGCGAUCAGAGCGAUCCAGCCGCCGUGAAGCGGGCUCGCAACACUGAAGCGGCUCGCAAGUCGCGUGCUCGCAAGUUGGAGCGCCAAGAAGAGUUGGAGCGUCGCGUCGCCGAGCUCGAAGCGUCCCUCCUCGAGGCGCAGCAGAGUGAGCAGUUCUGGAAGAUGAAGGCUCUCGCCAUGGAGGGCCAUUAA